AUGUUGCCAUUUUUAGUGAAAUGCGAACCGUAUCUUACAACAACAAUGGCAAAAAUCGGUGGCGGAAUGAAGUUAUUGCAAGAACAAGAAUUAAUUAUUAUUGUUUCCAAGGAUACUUUUAAAAUUGAUAGUCUGCUUUUUAAAAAGUUAAAAAAAAGAAAGGAGACUAACGGUGUUUAUUGUGUCAUUGUCGAUGAAGCCCAUUUUCUUCGUAAUCAUCAAUCGCAGCAAAGUAAAAGUAUUUAUGCACUCAAAGAUGCUCCCUACAAAAUGGCUCUCACUGGCACCCCGAUUGUUAAUCGCUCGCCUGAUAUAUUCGGAAUUCUCAAAUUUCUUAAUCCCGAAACCUACUCUUCCUAUUGA